AUGAAUUUAAGCGCGGACCAAUCGCGUUCAUCAGAUGAUGAAGAUGAUGGAGUACCGAUACGACCUCACACUACUGAAGGUGUAACUAACGGACCAUCGGUUUUACUUCCUGUUAUCCCAACAAUUAAGAAACGUAAAGCAGUAACUACUGACUUUAAGAAGAUUGCACUAAUUGGAAGAGGGAAUAUUGGAAGAGUUUACCUUGCACAAAAGAAAGGAACAAAAGAAUUUUAUUCGUUGAAAGUUAUUGGCAAGAAACUAGUUACUCAGAAUAAACAAAGACAUAUAGAAAGUGAAAAAGGUAUAUUAGAACGUUUAAAACAUCCUUUUAUUGUUCAUUUAGAAUGGGACUUUGAAACACCCUUUUAUUAUAUUUUUGUUAUGACUUACUGUGCUGGAGGAGAUUUUUGGAGAUUAUUAAAUAAACAACCAGGUAAUUGUUUUAGAGAGGUAGUUGCUAAGUUUUAUCUUGCUGAAAUUAUUUGUGCAUUAGAAUACCUUCACAUGGAAGGUGUUGUGUAUCGUGAUUUAAAACCAGAAAAUAUUUUAUUACAUGAAAGUGGACAUAUUAUGUUAAGUGAUUUUGAUCUUAGUAAACAUUCUGAUGUAGAGGAUCAUGCUAGAAUAAAAUCAAGUUUAUUUGGUGAAGAUGAAGUUGUUGUUGAGCCAUCUAAUUUCAGAUCUAAUUCAUUUGUUGGUACAGACGAAUAUUUAGCACCUGAAAUUAUUGCAAAAGAUGGACACUCUGCGUCAGUUGAUUGGUGGACCCUUGGAGUCCUUAUGUAUGAAUUUCUUUAUGGUUGUAAUCCAUUUGCUGCUUCAAGUAUUCAGGAAACAUAUUCAAAAAUUCAAAAAGGAGAAUUUACUUUUCCUAAAAUGCAUAGAUACAAAGUAUCAAAAGAUGCAAAAGAUCUUAUUAAAGAAUUGCUUGAUGUUGAUUCUGAAGAUAGAUUAGGAUCAAAAUAUGGAGCAUCUGAAAUUAAACAACAUGACUUCUUCUCUAAUAUUAAAUUUGCAUUAAUUAGAAAUAUGACACCACCUAUUAUUCCUCGAUUAAAUGGUCGUAGAGAUACAUCAUACUUUUAUCAAUAUAAACCUUAUGAUGAUGACGUUCCUGAUGAUUGGGGAUAUACUACAGAACAAUCAAUAGAACUCAACACAACAGAGUUUCGUAGUUUACAACAAGACGAAAUUAAAACUCAAUAA